AUGUCCGGCAAAUAUGUUUUCACCAAGGGUCUGAAGGAGCUGCGCUUCCUUUUCUGUCAGACUUCAGAGCACAGCGCUCCCACAAGGACCUUCCUGCAGCGCGCAUACCCCACCAUGAAGAAGCACAACCCUCACGUCCCCAUUCUGAUGCGCGAGGCCAGCGGUACUCUGCCUAAGGUGUAUGCCAGAUACGCAUUUGGCAAGGAAAAACUCGAGCCAUUGAAUGGCUUGUCGGAUGCACAGAUCGAAGAAAAACUUACCAAGCUCGUGAAGGAGUCGUCAUAG